UAACAGGUGUGAUGGUAACAAAUGAUGGCGGUGUAUCAGUAAAUAAAAUAUUUUUCUCGGAUUCGCAUCUCCGACGUGACUCGGAUAACAUUUCAUCGAGAGCAGGCGGCGGCGAUACGUUCGAGUGUUGUGUUGAUGGAAGAGACUCUGCUUCUCUCGAGUUUCACCGACUUACUUAGGAGCGCGCACGGAGAAAAGCGGUGUCAGUUCGCGGAGGCUAUUUGCCGAGGACGCAGAGAGGAGCGAGCGCGAGCGCGAAAGUUUUGUGCGCGAGUGAGAGACGUUGCUCUCUUUCGCUUAGGCCGAAAAAUGGAGAACGCAUCCGUUGCCGAUCGCGAUGUUCUCCGCCCGGAAAUCGACGAGCAGCUUCUUUGACGUGGGAAACAAAGGAGAAACUAGAUAAAGCGAGAACGGAGUUAAACGAAAUCGCGAGACACAACGAAGCGACUCCGCGGACCGAACUUAAACAGUUUCGAAGAGUUUUUUUGUGAACACGAACGUGAAAAAUAAAAACAAUACAAUUAAAGAUUUGCACGCGUGAUGAUUAUCUUGGUGUAGUUGAUAAUUACAGUGCAAAUAGAGUAGAAGAAAUCUCAUUACGGUAUUAUAUUCUAUUGUAUUCUAUUCUUCUUCUGUGAUUCUGUGUGAAAUUUGGGAAUAAUUCAUAAAGUGGCAAAUAUUCGCCUGCAUGAUUUUUGAGGAGAUCCUCAGUCUGUGUAACAGGAAGAACGCAAUUUUUCUGAUUUUGUUCAUUGCGGCAAUUUGCGUGCACCUUAUUAACUACUGGGACAACGAGGAGAAGUGUCGCGUCGGCGGCGAGCAAGGAACAUCGCGGUGUUCCAAACAACCAUCGAGAUUCCUGAUCGCGCUGCAACUAUGCGGAAGGUGGUUCUCGUGCUCGCGCUGAUCGCGUGUGACUGUUGGCGCGACGUUCUGGUCCACGGAGAUCCGAUCAGGAAGCCGGAAGCCGCGGCUCGAAGCGACGACUAUGAGUAUCAGAAGGAGUUGCGAGGAGAGUUCGCGGAUUUCGACACGGAAGCGCCCGGAGAAUUGCUGGAGGAUCGCGAGCGAUCAAGCGAGCCGAUAGGCAAGUGGAGAAACAACGGCGAGGCUCUUGAGCCGAAAUGGCGCGACGGCGAUUCCGUGCCGCUGCUGCCGUUUUCUCAAUUCCAAUCCUAUUCAAGGAACGAAGAGAUCGCGGAUGCCGAGGAGGACGGUUUUCCGGAUCCGACAGGUCGACGACUGUUCAAGCAUCGCUACGCGAUGCUCAAUCAAUCGAAUCGUCCUCGAAUCGGCAGUUCGGACAGACAACUUCCUACGAAUGGCUAUGAAGUCGCUUACGAUGGUCGCGACGACAUAGACGAGGAUUAUCCGCGCGCGAGACGUCGCCCGUUGAAGAAUCCGCACGAUUCGACGGGGGAGACGAUCGUAAGUGCGGCGAGCAUCGACGGGAAGCGCGGUCGUAACUUGGUAGGUGAUUCUCUGAACGACCAAGAGGUCACGUCGAGAUAUCGCGAGGCUUUUCAGGCGCGCGAGUACGAACACGAGUUCAGUGACGAGGAGUACUCGAAGCCUCGUCCGAGGAAGAGACGACCACCGCAGAAUUACGAAUUCGCUCUGGCGAACGACGCACCUUCCAUUAGUGACGACGAAUCGAGAAACUCGUCGGGAGUCUUGUCACGGAUGAGGGAUCCUGAUGAUGAACAUCGUUCGACACCGUCCAACGACGAUCGUGAGAACACGCUCGAGCUGAAGAUGCUGCUCAAAAUGCAGCAAGAGGAAGGUUCGAGUCUGUCGGAGAUACUGCAGCGCAGGAAUCUCACGCUGGCCGACCUUCUGAAGGGAAAGGCCGACGUGAUCAACGCUCUCAAGUCGAGAAACGCAGACGAGUCUUACGAGUACAUCGAGGAGAUGUCGAGAGCGAUGUCCGACUCGCUGAUGAAACUCGCCACGACGGCGACGCCGACCAAAUCCACGACGCAAACGUCCAUGACAUUCGAGAGCACCACGAUAAAACUUGCGUCAGCUUCGAGAAUCUUAGACAAUCUUUCUACAGUUAAUCCGAACAAAGUUUCGAAAAGUUACGAGCAAAUUUCUUCGAACGAGAUGAGUAACGACAAGGAAGAAUCCGAAGAAAAGAAUCCGAUCGAGAAAAUAUCGACGCAAUCGGCGCAGGACUCGUCGUUGCUGAAAGCGACUACUCCCACGAUCGUCCACGAUACUACAACAUCGACGGUGCCGCCGAUCGUCAAAUCAAUGGGAAGCGACGACAGAAGCGCUGGAUUGACGACUAGCAGCAAUCGCGCGAUAAAGCUGAGGACCUUCGACGAAGAAGAGAUCAUGGAGUUCUCGGACUUCUCGGACUUCAAGAAGAGCAAGAACUCGGAGGGAGGACCGGUUUGGGUCGGUCCGCCGAGCGAAGUCGCGCCGUCGCAACCGCCUCACCGAGACACCGAGUCCACUCUGAGCAUCGAGCAGAUUCUCAACCCCACAGAACGAAUAGAACUCGUGAAAGAUCACAAGAGUGAAAAUAACGAAGAUAAUAACAACAACAACAAAAAAGUGACUUUUAUUCAAGACGAGAGUCAGUUGGUUCGCGUCGGCGAAUCCUCCUCCGCGGAGGAGUACGACGCUUUCAUCGAGACCGAGUACCAGAACGACACUCCGAUCUCUGAAGACGACAACAAACAAGAUGAGUUGAACGACGAUGCGGUUCUGCCGGUUGAGGAAACAAAACAAACCGCGAAUCCGAUUGAUGGUAAAAAGGAAUAUGAUGAUUACUCGACCGUGUAUGAUCAGACGAGUCAAUCGGUAGAAGAGAAGAUGGAUCGCGAUCACGCGUCGGAGAACCAUCAAGGAGAUACAGGCAGCAGGCGUUACGAGGAGGUCGUUUCCGAGAUCGAGCCGGAGGCUAGGGCGGAAAUCUUCGAGCUGUUCGCGUCCGGCUCGGCCGGCAAGCGGCUGGAGCGUCUCCUGAAAUCGAGAAACAUGAGCGUGGAGGAGCUGAUAGCGCUGCGCCAGAGGGGCUCCAGCAAAGUGCACCUGACAGAAGUGUCAAGGCUGAGAGUACCCAAGUCGAAAAGUCCGCAGACGUUGGAAUUUUCCAGCACGAACAACGGAGAAGUUAGCGUAACGCUCUCACCCGACAGCAACUCCGAUCGAGAUAAAACUGAGCGAGAAGACACGAAGCAAGAACUGGACAGAACGAUGAAUCGCUUCGCGCAGAACAUCGUGAGCUACCUGCACGACUCGCUUUUCGACAAGGACGCGGAGAACGGAUCGAUGUCGAGAUUGUUGGAUCUCGUUGAGCGCGACAGAAACGCGUCGAAGGAAUCAACGUUUAUCUCGGAAACCGACGCGGCGAACGAACGCGGCGAGAAUCCCCGACGAACGAUGCAGAUUGUCGAUUUGCUCACAACGUUCGGUUCCCUGCCCUUCGCGAAAGACGUGCAGCGUCAGUUCGAACCAGAAAUCGAUGACGAACAAAGAGCGAAGGGUUCGUUGUACAACGUGAGUGUGGCGAUGAUCGACAGAGAGAAGACUGUUCGAUCGAACAAUUCCUCCAGCGAGUUCCACCAAGUCGGAUCCGUCGAGGAGAUCGUGAGGGAGGAGCCGAACACUAUUGACAUAAGAACGAUUUACGAUGAGACGAUAAGCAGCAAGAAUGACGGGGAGAAAACUCUGCCGAGGGGUCUGAAACCGAGUAUAAUAGCGAGCGGCGCGAUACUGGGCUUGACGCUCGUCGUGUUCCUGGCGAUCUUCAUCGUGUGUCGGAUCAAACAGAAACAGAAGUACACGUACAGGAACACGCUGUCGCGAGCGGUGUUCCAGGGACCGGUUAUGGCGGCAAGGAAGUUGUCGAAUUCCAGCAGCUUGAGCACUGUGAUGGUCAACGUGGUCGCCACGUCAACGACCAAGAGACCCGACAGGACCGAAAUGCAAGAAGCGAACUCUGCCGAGGAGUUUGACAGCAAGAGCGACAUGGACAACGAUUCGUUGGACGCGAACGAUAGCUGGGAAACGAUACCCGAUUACGCGAAAUAAUCGUUAAACCGGCACAACAAUUUUAUAUAUAUAUUCGAUAUUUCCAUUCGCGACAAUGAAAUAUCUAACUCUUUCAACUUUUUCCGAUUGUAAAUGACAAACAGCUGCUCUGCAGAACUUCCACAUAUAUAAGAAGAUAAGAUCUAUUUAUUUAUAGCUCUAUAUAUAUAUAUAUAUAUAUAUAUGUGUAUUUUAUAUAAUGUUACGUUAUAUUUUAUAAAGUGUAACUUUUAUCACACACGUUCUCUCUCGAAUCAAUAUAUUUUAUUGCCCACCCUUACUUUUUAAAUA